UCUCUCGAUCUCGAAAUAAAUAUUAGCAGUUUAACCGUGUAAUUUCUCUAAACCCCUCCCCGCCAAUUUACUCGAGAACCAAGCAGAAAAUCAAGAAGGAAAAUGAAAAACAUGGCGUUCGCACCAAAAACCCCCGAACACAGCUCCGCCAAGAGAAUAUCAGCCGGCGUAGUGGCCUCCGUACUGGCCUUCGCCUACAUGUGCUCGAAGCAAGCCGGGCGAGUCUCGAAGAAGCUGAAGUCAUCGAAGCCGGGCCACCACUCGAAAGCUCACAUGUCUUCGUCCCAGUCGAUGAUGUCGCCGUAUAAGUCUCAGCUGAUCGACAAGCCGAAGCAGCUCCUCACCACCAUAAGCAACAAGGCCAUCACCUUCAUACACAAUAAGAAGAGGUCCGACGACUUCGCACCCGCCGGAAAAGCAGGACACCGCGACGAAGAGGACUGGGGAGACGGCGGCGUAUGGCAGCGGUCGAUCUUGAUGGGGGACAAGUGUCAGCCGUUGGAUUUCUCCGGCGUAAUCUACUACGACAGCAACGGUAAGCAGACGAGUGAGCUUCCGCUGAGAUCGCCAAGAGCGAGUCCUUUGCCUGGGUAUUUGGACAGACUUGGGAAGUGAUAUUCUCACCCGCCGGUUAUACGCUCGCUUGUGUCACCGUUUUGGAAAGAUUAAAAGAUUUCCUUGUGUCAAAGAAGUCGGCUUCGUUUACUUUUUUAUCUUUCCUUUGUUUUUUCGUUUAUUCAAACUAUGGAAAUUUUAGACACAAUUGACGUGGUGUGAGUUGAUUGGUUGGGGUGAGGUGGGGGCCAAAGGUGGCACGGUCGUGAAUCGUGAUGUGGAGAUCGCUUGUCAGUUUUGUGGUGUACACGUAUGUAUAUACAGCAUUAGGAGGAUUGUGUAAACUUCUUGUUAACGAAGUAUAUUUUUCUUUUUGCAGAAACAAAAGAAGUUAAUAUAAUUGUAUCUAUCCUUAGUAAAUUUUGGUUGAGUUUAAUAAAAGGGUUAUUCGUCGA